UACGUGUUGACGUGAGUCUGCUGGAUACUUCCUGAUGCUGGCCCAGGUUCGGUUCACUUAGCUAGGAGGUAGAACAUCCGAUUUUCACGGUUUGGGGAAACCUGUGAAAUACAGCGUGGUCAAGUCGUCUGAUUCAGGUGGUAGAAGAGGACAGACGCACCAUGAACGGCCAGCUGGACCUGAGCGGGAAGCUGAUCAUCAAAGCCCAGUUAGGCGAUGACAUAAGGCGGAUCCCCAUCCACAAUGAAGACAUCACUUACGAUGAGCUGGUGCUGAUGAUGCAGCGAGUCUUUCGAGGCAAGCUGCAAAGUAAUGACGAGGUUACAAUAAAAUACAAGGAUGAAGAUGAUGACCUCAUUACCAUCUUUGACAGUUCAGACCUUACUUUUGCUAUCCAGUGUAGUAGAAUACUAAAACUGACAUUGUUUGUAAAUGGUCAACCACGACCUUUGGAAUCAAGUCAGGUGAAGUAUCUACGCCGGGAACUAAUUGAACUUAGAAAUAAAGUCAAUACCCUUUUGGACAGCCUGGAACCUCCAGCAGAGCCCGGUCUGACUCCAGCUGCUCCAGACAGUGAAACAGUAGAUGGUCGUGAAGGCAAAGUGGUAGUGGCUGACCCCUCAGUUAAACACGCCACUCCAGUGAGUGCGGCCAGCAUGUCAGCCUUUGACCCACUAAAAAACCAAGAUGAAGUCAACAAGAAUGUCAUCUCAGCUUUUGGCCUGAGUGAAGAUCAGGCUCCUGCUCCUCCACCAGUUGCCACAGAAGAGCGCUCAGGAACACCUGACAGUAUCGCCUCUUCCUCAUCUGCAGUUCAGCAGCCAGGAGUACCACCCCAACCACAACCUCCUUAUCCUGGAGUACAAGCGCCCCCGGCUGGCAUAGAUGGGCAAGUUUACCAGCAGUACCAGGCUCCUGGGGGGUACCCCCCUCCACAACCAGGUGCCCCACCUCAACAGUAUGGUAUGCAAUAUCCUGCAGGAUACAGCCCUCAGCCUGGCGCGCCCCAGCCUGGCCCACCACAGCCUCCACAGCAGCAGUUUCAGAACUACGCCCCUCCCUCAUCCCAGGCCCCUGUCUCUGGUCCAGCCCCGACCCCAGGAUUUCAGGGCGGGCAGCAGCCACCUCAUUCAGCUCAGGGACCACAGCAGUAUCCACCAGGAUCCUUCCCCGCUCAAAACUAUACCUCUCAAGCUGCACAACCUGCCAACUACAGCCUGCCCCCCAGCUCCCAGCCUGGUCCAGGGUACCAGCCACGCCCAGCAUACACCCCUCCUCCAGGCAACACCCCUCCGCCAGGAGCUGCUAACCCCUAUGCCCGCAACCGCCCCCCUUAUGGCCAAGGCUACACUCAGCCUGGCCCCGGAUACCGAUAAAAACGUCAAACCACUGUUUGAUCUCUGUGUCCCAUGCCCCCUCUUCUGUGUGACUCCAGCUGGAGUAGGUCAGGAUUCCUGGUUUACUGCUCUGUCCUCUAAUUGAAAAAAUAUCCAGACAUGACAAGCAAAUCUUCCCCAUCUGAUGGUUGGUGUUUGUAUGUUGUCUUAAGAUGCCACUCUGUCCUUGCCCUUAUGUACAACAUUUUUAUUUGUUUUCUGUUUUGAUUUAUUCUUUGUCUGAAUCCUCUUGUAUCUGUCAUAAUGUAAACAGUUUGUAAGCACACACCUGGAAGACCAAAACAGGCUGUUGCCCCAGUAACAACUCAUUGGGUGGUUUGGAUGAGCAUCAACAUCUGAACAAAAUAGUUUAAUCUAGACUUAGAUACAACCUAAAUGAAAUGUUACAGCCUUUUAUGUUGUUGUUUCUGUUUCCUUUAAGAUUUUAUUAUCACCAUGUCGGUAUUAAUGAAACUGCCCAUGUUGGGAACACUAGUAAUGGCAAAGUGGCCAAAAAGGCUUUCUUUGUUUAGUUAAAUCACACCCUAAGGCUUGCAACUGCUUUAUCUUAUCAUUGGUUUUUACUAAUAUAUCAACACAAAUUAUACCUUCGAGUGAGAUUAGUGGUUUGUAUAAACUGUAUGUAAAAAGUGUAACUUUUUCUGGAACCUAAUAAAUGAUUGAAACCCA